AUGCCGGAAAACGAACAGCAUCGUCUUCUUGCUUCAUCAGAAGAUGCAGAACGAGACGUUGAAGCUCAUGGAUCCGAAGUUCUCGCUGCCACCGUCAUUGGUGGUGGAAGCAGUGGUGGGAGUGGGAAAGGGUUCAGAGAUUUCUUGAAUAUGUCAGGGCAUCAUCGCCAUAGUUUUAAGCGUUUGGAUAGAGAUAGAGAAAGAGAUCAUUAUGAUAAUGAUGAUGUUGUUGAUAUUAGUAAUAAUAAUAAUAAUAAUAAUUCUCGUGAUUCUCACUUUGAUUUUGAUCUUGAUUCUUCUGGUGAUGUUCUUACUGAUAGUGCACCUCCUGAAUGGGCUUUGUUGCUUCUUGGUUGUCUCCUUGGUCUUGCCACUGGUCUCCUUGUUGCUGUUUUCAAUAAAGGGGUGCAUGUAAUACAUGAAUGGGUAUGGGCUGGUACUCCGAACGAGGGCGCUGCAUGGCUUCGUUUGCAGAGAUUGGCUGAUACAUGGCAUCGAAUCCUUUUGAUACCAGUCACCGGAGGAGUAAUGGUUGGCAUGAUGUGUGGUUUACUAGAAAUACUGGACCAAAUAAAGCAGGCAAGUUAUUCCCCUCGAAGACAAGGUUUUGACAUGUUUGCCGGAAUCUAUCCAACGGUAAAAGCUAUUCAGGCUGCUGUCACUUUGGGUACUGGCUGUUCAUUGGGUCCUGAAGGUCCUAGUGUUGAUAUUGGAAAGUCGUGCGCCAAUGGAUUCUCAUUAAUGAUGGAAAACAACAGAGAAAGGAAAAUAGCACUUGUUGCAGCUGGUGCAGCAGCUGGAAUUUCUUCAGGCUUCAAUGCAGCAGUUGCUGGUUGUUUCUUCGCUAUUGAAACUGUGCUAAGGCCUCUUCGUGCGGAGAAUUCUCCUCCAUUUACAACUGCCAUGAUUAUAUUGGCUUCUGUCAUUUCGUCAACUGUAUCAAAUGUCAUACAGGGAACCGAAUCAGCUUUUACAGUGCCCGAGUACGAGUUGAAAUCUGCCGCUGAGCUACCUUUAUACCUGAUAUUGGGAAUGCUUUGUGGUGUCGUAAGCGUGGCAAUGACACGUUUGGUUGCUUGGUUCACCAAAUUUUUUGAGGUUAUCCAGGAGAAAUUCGGCCUUCCAACUGUUGUCUGUCCUGCCCUAGGUGGUUUAGGAGCUGGAAUCAUUGCCCUCAAAUAUCCCGGAAUAUUAUACUGGGGUUUCACAAACGUGGAAGAAAUUCUACGUACCGGAAAGAGUGCUUCAGCUCCUGGAAUAUGGCUUCUGACUCAAUUAGCAGGUGCUAAGGUUGUUGCAACAGCUCUUUGCAAAGGAUCUGGGCUUGUAGGUGGUCUCUAUGCACCGAGUUUAAUGAUUGGUGCUGCAGUUGGUGCCGUGUUCGGAGGCUUUGCCGCCGAAAUUAUCAACUCAGCAAUUCCUGGAAAUGCGGCUGUUGCUCAACCCCAAGCUUAUGCUCUGGUUGGAAUGGCUGCUACACUAGCAUCUGUUUGUAAUGUUCCUUUGACUUCAGUUCUACUUCUGUUUGAGCUAACAAAAGAUUACCGGAUACUGCUUCCUCUCAUGGGGGCUGUUGGAUUGGCAAUUUGGGUCCCGUCAGUGACAAACCAAGCGAAGGAGAGUGAUAUACCUGAUAAAAGAAGUUUGUCAAGAGGAUAUUCUUCAAUUUCGCGUUCUGAAGAUAAUGACGAUGGCAACGGUUUAGAACUCUGUAUUGUUGGAGAUGGUUCCGAGCUUGAAGAAAUCGAUGAAGAACUAUUUUUGGACAAUCUAAAGGUUUCUCAGGCCAUGUCAAAAUACUAUCUGAAGGUUCCAUCAUCUGAAACACUAAAAGACGCAAUCAAAAUCAUGCAUGACAGCCAGCAAAAUUGUAUACUCGUGGUCGACGAAGAUGAUUUUCUAGAAGGAAUACUGACAUAUGGUGACAUCAGAAGGUGUCGAUCCGAGAAGUCUAACGAUGCUUCUAUGAGCGACUCCGAUCUUUUGGAUGUGAACACAUUGCUUGUUUCUUCUGUUUGUACUCGAGGAAUGAACUAUCGUGGACGACCUCGCGGACUUUUAACUUGUUAUCCAAACACUACUUUGGCCAUGGCCAGAGAGUUAAUGGAGGCCAAGGGCGUUAAGCAAUUACCAGUAGUAAAACGCGGUAGAGAUCAUCACAAUAGAGAGAGGAAGCGAAGAAUCGUUGGUCUUCUUCAUUACGACGAACUUUGGCACUGUCUCAGGAAAGAGAUUAACCACAGGAAGUUAGCAUAUCAAAGUAGGACAGAAAUCAAUUUGACAAAUGGGCAUUAA